CUCACUCUCGUUUUCUAAUCGUGUGUCGUUGGCAUUCUACAUUUUCUUUUAGAAAAAGUCACCAGUGGACGAGGUUGGUGCUAUGGAUGAAAAUAGCAAAAUCAAACAUUAGAAUGCCCGAAAAUGGACAUCGAGAAAACCAGUGAAUUCGAAAAACCUUUAUCAGAUGAAGAAAUUAAAUGUCUUCAGCUGCAAGAUAACCGUACAGUGAGCGAUUUCCAAGCUAGAAUGUUGGAAGUCAAUGCUCUGAAACAUUGGGACUUGUUUUAUAAAAGAAAUGAAGCAAAAUUCUUUAAAGACCGUCACUGGACAACCAGAGAAUUUGAGGAACUUUUAAAUGAAACUGACUCCACGCCACGAACUCUUUUGGAGGUAGGGUGUGGUGUUGGCAACUUUAUUUUUCCUUUAAUUGAGGAAAAUUCAAAUUUCAUUGUGAUUGCUUGCGAUUUAUCACCACGUGCAGUUGAAAUGGUCAAAAGCAAUUCUCUGUAUAAUGCUGAAAGGAUGAGAGCUUUUCAGUGCGAUAUCACAACUGAAGGCGUUUUCAGCGAAGUCCAGAAAGCUUCCAUUGAUAUAGCUACGUUAAUAUUCGUGCUGUCUGCCAUACACCCCGAUAAGUUUUUGAAAACUUUGAAAAAUGUCUAUGAACUACUAAAACCUGGCGGCAUUUUAUUGCUUCGUGACUAUGGGUUAUAUGAUAUGGCGCAGUUGAGGUUUAAGCCCGGCCAUAAAAUUGCUGAAAAUUUUUACAUGCGACAAGAUGGAACCAGAAGUUAUUAUUUCUCUUUAGACCACAUUUCGAAAUUGUUGGAAGAGACUGGUUUUCAUAUUUCAGGAAAUACAUAUGUUCAUAGGAGGACAGUGAACAAAAAGGAAAAUAUUGAUGUUCCAAGAAUAUUCGUGCAGUGCAAAGCUACAAAACCGGCUUGAUAUAAUGGUAUAGUUUUCCAAGUGAGGGACAAUGGAUACGUCAUAAAUUGAAAGGACCUAUUGAAAGUAUUAUUAGAACUACCACUGUAGAAACCGUAGGUGAGUUGAAAUAAGGUGU